AUGGAUGAGAAACAGCAACUCAUCGGGUCGCUCCCGGUCGUAAACGAUAUCUCCGAACAGCGUGCACAAGCAAAGAAGAACUCUCGUUGGGGAACCAUCAAGCUCGUCACAGCAUGUGCAGCUCUGGUUGCUUUCCUUCAUUGGUCCUUUGUCCUUCCCCAGCUGCCGCUGAAGCAUCAUGGAAAGCAUGGCAAGCACCACCAUCAAAAGUCGCAAUGUCCUCAGGUUGAGCCUCUUGUGCCUAGCCAGCAGAGCGAUGAAUUGGUCAACAUGGAUGCCUACCUCAAGUCGCCUGCUUUCCAGAACUCAUCUAUUCAACGUCUCUCCGGUGCUGUCCAAAUUGACACUCAGUCGUUCGACGAUCUGGGCAAGGUUGGCGAGGACAAGAGAUGGNAGGUUUUCUUCCCCUUCCACGAGUACCUCGAGAAGACGUUCCCUUUGGUUUACGAGCAUCUCAAGGUUGAGAAAGUCAACACCCACGGCCUUGUUUACACUUGGCAAGGUUCGGAUGCUAGCCUGAAGCCCACUCUGCUUAUGGCCCACCAAGACACUGUUCCUGUACCUGAUGCCACACUCGAUGCCUGGACACACCCUCCGUGGUCUGGUUUCUUCGAUGGCAAGAACAUCUGGGGUCGUGGCUCAUCUGACUGCAAGAACCAGCUGAUUGCUAUCCUCGAGUCCGUUGAGCUACUGCUUGAUGCUGGCUUUACUCCUUCUAGAACUGUUCUUCUUUCCUUCGGAUUCGAUGAGGAGAUCAGCGGUGGUCAAGGUGCAGGCACUCUCGCUCCCUUCAUUCUCGAACGUUACGGUCCUGACUCGCUUGCCGUCAUCGUGGAUGAGGGUGCUGGUAUCGAUGAUGUUUGGGGAGUUACUAUGGCCACUCCUGGUGUUGCCGAGAAGGGCUACACUGAUGUUGUUAUCACUAUCCGCAUGCCUGGUGGUCACUCCUCUAUUCCUCCAGACCACACUGCCAUUGGUGUCAUGAGCGAGCUUAUCACCCAGAUUGAGGCAGACAAGUACCCCCUUCGUCUUGAUGGCAAGAACCCUUACCUUGGUCAGCUCUACUGUGGAGCCGAGCAUGGCAAAGAUNUUCCCAAGAAGCUCGGCAAGCUACUCGACAAGGCUCAAGGUCAGUGUAAAGCAAAGCCUGACGCCCUUGCAUCUGAGGCCGCAAAGGCAGGUCCCGCCAUCCAAUACUUGAUGCAGACCUCCAUCGCCGUCGAUGUGAUCGGUGGUGGUGUCAAGGUCAACGCUCUUCCCGAACGUGUUCAGGCUAUUGUCAACCACCGUAUCAAUGUCGGAGAGCACCCUGCCGAUGCUCAUGCCAAGAUUGCCGGUCUUGCCAAGGGCGUUGCAAAGAAGUACGGUCUUUCUCUGCACGCUUUCGACAACACCACCGAGUCGCCUUCUUCCAUUUCGCUCAGUGCUUUCGAGCGCGUUCUUGAGCCUGCUCCUGUUACACCCACCUCGGUCGAGGGUGAGACUGCCUACAGCGUUCUGUCUGGUUCAAUCCGUGCUCUGUACGGCAGCGAGGUCAUUGUCGCCCCUGGCAUUAUGACCGGCAAUACUGACACCAAGUACUACUGGGACCUGUCCCGCAACAUCUUCCGUUUCGCUCCUGGUUACGACGGCGAGUCGAGCGGUUUGGGUAACAUACACACUGUGGAUGAGAGAGUUUCUAUCAAGAACCACGUCAACACUGUCAAGUGGUUCUCUCUGUUUAUUCGCAACAUGGAUGAGGCCGAGCUUGACUAG